UUGAUCUGUCUGUAUCUCUAUCACCUGUUUUGAUAGGCGCAGGGCCGCCCGGCCGGGCCUUACCCCGGGUGCCGGGAGGCGGAGCCGCUCUGCUCCCAUGGCAACAGCGGAGGCCGCGCUGCGGCGGACGGGUGGCAGCCUGAUCCAUGGCCUCCCUGGCCGAGCCCCCCGGCUCACGGGCGCACUCUCGCUCCCCGGCCCUCGGUCCCUCUCGCUGCAGCGGAGAGCGGCGCAGGGCCGCCUCAGACGCCGUGCAGGAGACGCAGGUGGGGCCGGUGGAUCUGAACCGCGCCAUCAAGCUGCUGGAAGAUGCAAGCUCCAGCGAUUUGGAAGAUGAGCAGCUGAAAGUUCUCAAGAAGGUAGUCAAGUCUUUUGAAAAUGGGCUUCCCAUUAAGGAUUUAACACAAAUAAUGGACAUUCUUAACCUGUGUGCAGAAAAAGUGAAUGAACAAGAAGCUUUUGUUGAGCCCGUAUGUGAACUUAUUAAGUUAUGUGGUUUGCCAUUUCAAAAAAAGAAAUUAUCAGAUGAAGUAAACUAUUCUGCGGCAGUUUCAAAAUCCAUUGCACAACUUGGUUAUUUGAUGAGGGUGCCAAGUUCUCGAGUUAGAAUACAAAUCUGUAAGUGUAUAAUUAGCUUUUAUAAGAUGGAGCUGCCAAAAAAACUACUUCCAGGUUACCAGCCAACAAGUGCAAACUAUAAGAUUCAGAUGGCUGAAUUAGGAGGAUUGGCAGAAACUCUUGUUUUAUCUCUAGCAUUAGUUGAAAAUCAACUUACUGAGAAGUUGUGGGUUCUUAAAGCUCUUGAGCACCUCUCCAGCUCUGGAGUAAAUUGCAGACAUAUGAUGAAGGCUCAAGCAGCCAGCAGACUCUGUUCGUAUCUAAAUGGCACUGAUCCCUCAGGACAGCUGGUGUUCCGCUCAUCAGAAAUCUUAUGGAAUCUACUAGAAAAUACCUCAAAAGAAGAAGUUGUUAAUCAACUCACUAGCUUGGAAUGUAUACAUGCACUGAAGGAAGCAUUUGUGGACCGGCUCAUAAAGGGUUUUCGCCAUUCUGAUCGUCAGCUAAGGAACGACCUCCUGGUGAUUGCCACGUUAGUAGCUGAAAACUCUGCAGCAUCUAUGAUUGAAAGUGGAUUUACAAUGCUGUUAAUAGUACUUGCAACGUUUACUGAAGCUAAAAUUCCCAAUCCUUUGUUAAAAGGUCUUAAACUUACCUACUCUUACGAAGACUUUGAGAUGAAGAAGUUGUUGUUUAACAUAAUAGGGAUCUUUUCUAAAGACCCGCAUGCUGUACAGCUUCUCAGUGAAAAUGAUGUGAUGCCAGCUUUGUUGGAUUAUGUAAAACCACAUAAAAAGCCUGGAUUUCAUGACUGGUCUGCUGCCCAAUAUGAGGAAUUACAGCUUCAUGCAAUUGCUAUUUUAGCUUCAGUGGCUCCCUUGUUAAUUGAUAAAUAUUUGUCUUGCCAAGCGAAUACUCUUCUCCUUGUGUUUCUAGAGUGGUGUAUAGGUCAAGAUCCUUUCUUUGGUCAAGGUAACAGUUUCCAUGGAACAGGUGGUCGUGGCAGCAAGCUUGCUCAAAUGCGCUACAGUCUGAGAGUGCUGAAAUCUGUUGUAUCCCUUUAUGAUGAUGCUGUGAGCCUUAAUUUGUGUGACCAGGGAGCUAUUAGCCAGCUACUGGAUAUCCUGAAGUAUACAGCAAACAAAUUGGAACAAAAAGAUGAUGCCAUUCUGCUGGAAAUCCAGGCUAAUAUAUUCUUUAUUUUGUCUGUUCUCUGUGAAAAUGAUGUCCACAGGAAGGAACUCUUCAGCUAUGAAGGAGUGGAUUUACUUAUCCCAUUCAUUCAGAUGGAUCCAAAGAAGCUGCACAGUGGACUGGGCCACAAUCGUCUCCUUUUCAGUGCACUGGACUGCUUGUGGUCAUGUGUCAUUGGAUGCUACAUUGCAGAGGAUUAUUUUCUAGAACAACAGGGCAUUUUUUUCCUUCUGGAUUUGCUGGCAUUAAAACAAAAAAACUUGUGCAAUGUAAUUCUUGGGAUCCUCAGUGAGUUUUGUGACAAUCCCAAAACCAUUAUUCACAUCAGUGCUUGGCGGGGGGAGAAAGAUCAAACAGCAGCUAAACUGCUAAUACAGCUAUGGAGGCAGGAGGAAAUGGACUUGGGAGUCCAACGUGAUCGAUACGGAAGGAUUGCUGAUGUAAAGAGGCCUAUUGCUGGCAGCUUCCAGAAAGAGCAAGAGGUCAUCCCCAUGCCUUCCAGCUGUCCCAGCUUUGCCAUUGUGGAAAUUUCAGAAAACAUACGGGCAAAACUUUAUUCAUUACUGUGCAAACUAGGUUUUGAAAAUUUGCCUGGUUUGUCUUCUAAGGAUUUUGUCACACUUGCUAUCAUACGGCGGUAUAUUGACUUUAAGGUUGGAGAAGUUUGGAGUGAAGUGUGUGCAGAACUAAGAGAAGAAUUCAGACCUAUUGGUUCAGAUGAGGAAAUACUGAAAGUUAUUUCAGAAGUAUCCGAAAAUAUUGGAAAAAUGGUCACUGCUUACCAGACUGAACUGCUUGAAAAUCGUCAUCAGCAAGAUAUCCAAGAGGAGGAAAAAACAUACACACAGAUUCGUGCUGUCCAUAAGCAGAAAGAAAUGGUAAACAAAUCUUGGGAAAAUUUCUUAAUUCGGACAUCAAACUAUGAAGCACUGAAGAAAGCAAAAAGGCUUCAGGAAAAAUCAAUAGAGGCUUCCAAAUCUAAAUCAAAGACUCAAAAUGGAGCAGUCCAUUCUACUGAUAUUAAAGGCUUGGGCACAACAGUUGGAUCUGGUCACUUAGUAACAGUUGGAAGUACACCUUCUCAGUUAGUCGAAGGACCACCAGCCCAUAAAGGCCUGCCUCUUAAAAAGAUACCUUUCUGUGAAGAAGCCUUAAAAAAGAACAAAAAGAGUUAAAACGCUGGACACAGUCAAGAAAGAUUAGGUUCUUGUAGGAUAAACAGCAUUCUGAGCAGUGCUUUUAAUAUUUAAGUCAACUGUGUGUUUAUUUUAGGUACAGAUAAAACAUUUCUUAUAGCCCUGAUAAAUGGCAUAGAACAUCUUGAGAGUAAAGUUAUAUUUUUUAUAUUCAUAACUAAUGUAAACAUGGGGAUGACAUACUAAUAAAAUAUCCUAUACAGCAUGGUACAAACACAUGCUGUGUCUAAAGGUUUUGUCUGCUAGUGGCUGGUUGCCCUGAUCCACGAUGAGCAGUUCUACUGUUUGGAUUUCCAUCUUCUGUUGAUGCACACAAUACUCUGCAGUUUGUGUCUCUUUCUUUGAGCAGGGUGAUGAACCUUCAUUUAAAUAGACCCAAUGUUUCAUUUUCGUUAUGUAUCUGCACUGCAUAAAGUAUCCAUGGUGUUUGUUCGAGUCCACUUUGUUUCCUGAAUAUGCCUUUGGCAUCAGGACUUCAGCUAACGGCUCACUAUCAAGUGUAUCUGUGCCAGUGGUUUCUCUAGCUCUGUUAGGAAGACUAGCUGAAAUGUUCUGCAUUUUAUAGGUUUCUCACAAUUCUUUAACUGGUCAUUCAACUCUAUUUAAUUCAUGUGUUUAUUACCCGUGUUCCCUCCAAUAAGAAAUCUACCCGUUUCACUGUAGCCAUGCUGUGCUCACUAGAUGGUUAAGCUCCCCUGAUUAGUUUUGCUAGGCUGGAUGUUUUCUUAUGCUGUGAACUGUAGUCAAGCCAGUCUUGCACUUUCAAACCACUUCACUCAUGAGUCUCCUCAGAUGUGAUGUUUCCAGCCAUGACAGUGAUGGACUGUAUCCCCUUCCUUACCUGCAUGAAUGUGUACGUAAAGAACAGUCUUAGACAAAUGAUCCUUCUUAAUGCACUGAAGUUCUGCAAAUAACGUGUUCGUAGGCAAGGAAAUGACUAUUC